AUGGCCCAGAGCUUCAGCGCAAAAAAAACAGGCGCAGCAGGAUACCCGGAAGCUUGGGUCGAAACGGCUGAGAAAAAGCUCAAGGGCUCCAAAGUCGAGUCGCUGGAACGCCGCACUCCAGAGGGGAUCACGCUCAAGCCUCUCUACUGUGCGGCCGAUUUGGGACGAUGUGAGGCGGUGGCUGACCCCGAACAGGAUGCUCCAGGGCUAUUUCCCUACCACAGGGGACCAUACGCGACCAUGUACACCGCUCGACCGUGGACUGUGCGGCAGUACGCCGGGUUCAGCACUGCCGAGGAGUCCAAUGCGUUCUACAGGCGAAACCUAGCCGCCGGGCAACAGGGACUGAGUGUCGCGUUCGAUCUCGCGACGCACAGAGGCUACGAUUCCGAUCAUCCUCGUGUAACGGGUGACGUGGGCAUGGCUGGUGUGCCCAUCGACUCUAUAGAGGAUAUGAAGAUCCUCUUCGACGGCAUUCCCUUGGACAAAAUGUCCGUGUCAAUGACGAUGAAUGGCGCAGUGUUGCCAGUGCUCGCAAUGUAUGUGGCGGCAGCCGAAGAGCAAGGCGUAGAGCAGCAUCUCCUGGAGGGCACCAUCCAAAACGACGUCUUAAAGGAGUUCAUGGUGCGCAACACCUUCAUCUAUCCACCGGAACCGUCCAUGCGAAUCAUUGGAGACAUAUUCGGAUACACAUCUGAGCAUAUGCCCAAGUACAACAGCAUCAGUGUAAGCGGCUACCACAUGCAAGAAGCCGGGGCAGACGGGAAGCUGGAACUGGCAUUCACCAUUGCCGACGGUCUGGAAUACCUCCAAAUCGCAAAGGACGCUGGAUUGGACGUGGACAAGGUGGCUCCCCGGCUGUCCUUCUUUUUCUGCAUCGGAAUGAGCUUUUACCUCGAAGUGGCCAAGCUCCGUGCCGCUCGGGUGCUAUGGGCGCGCUUAGUGAAGGAGCGCUUCCAGCCCAAGAACCCGAAGUCGUUGCUCCUCCGAACCCACUGCCAAACCAGCGGAUACUCCCUUACAGAACAAGACCCGCACAACAACGUAAUGCGCACCACCGUGGAGGCCAUGGCGGCCGUCUUGGGAGGCACGCAGUCCCUCCAUACCAACUCGUUCGACGAAGCUCUGGGCCUCCCCACGGAAUUCAGUGCUCGUAUUGCCCGGAACACACAGCUCGUGCUUCAGGAGGAAACCCGCAUUACUCAAGUGGCGGACCCUUGGGGAGGGUCGUACAUGAUGGAGAGCCUCACCGAAGACAUGGUGCAAGCGGCCAAAGACAUCAUCGACGAGGUGGACGAAGCUGGUGGGAUGACGAAAUUCAUCGACAGCGGCGCCGCGAAGCUGCGCAUUGAAGAGGCGGCUACUAGGGCGCAGGCACGGAUCGACUCUGGACAAGACAAGAUCGUGGGAGUCAACUGCCAUCGCGUGGAGGGAGAGUCUGGUGUCGAGGUGCGCUCGGUCGACAACACGGCCGUCAGGGAGCAGCAGGUCCAGCGCUUGCGUAAGUUGAAAGAAGACCGCGAUGACAAUCGCGUUGACGCCGCCCUCGCUGCUCUUCGGGCUAGUGCGGCCAGCACGGGGGUCACUAGCGACGGCAAACAUCCGAUGAACUUGGUCAAGCUCAGCAUCGACGCCGCCAAAGCAAGGUGCACUCUCGGCGAGAUUUCAUCUGCCCUUGAAGAGUCUUGGGGUCGUCACAGACCGUCGACGGCCGUGGUGCGCGGUGCUUACAGCGCUAGCUUCGACGAACCCGACGAGGAGGCGGAGUACAAGGGAGUGCUGGAGCGAGUGGAGGCCUUCGCCGAGGAAGCAGGGCGAAGACCCCGUAUCCUGGUGGCGAAAAUGGGGCAAGACGGACAUGAUCGUGGCGGAAAAGUGAUCGCAAGCUCCUUCUCCGAUCUAGGGUACGACGUGGACGUCGGCCCCCUUUUCCAGACACCAGAGGAGGUAGCCCAGCAGGCGGUCGAUAGUGAUGUUCACGUGGUGGGCGUGAGUUCGCAGGCCGCUGGGCACAAGACUCUCAUCCCGCAGUUGAUCGAGGCUCUCCGAGUUCUUGGUGCGGGCGAUAUCAUCAUCGUGUGCGGGGGCGUCAUUCCCCCCCAAGACCACGACUUCCUCAAGAAGGCGGGGGUGAAGGCUAUCUUCGGACCGGGAACGCGGAUCACAGAGGCAGCGAUAGAGGUUUUGUCGGCGAUCGAGGAGGGUAGAGCGAGAAACGACAUGGGGCGGAGACGCCCGUGACACGACAGGGGAUUAUCACGGCGUCAAGCACAGCAAGGCAGGGGGAGAAAUCCACUGGAGCCAGCAGAUGAAUAUGUUGGGUGUUUUAGGCGUUUCUCUCGCUGCUUCUACGAGAAAAUGAGGAGGAUAAUAAAAAGUGGGGAAGGAUGUUUCGUGACCUGAAAUGUUUACUUCACCGAAAACAUGAAGAGACUAGGCUGUUGCAAGUUCUUGUUGCCGUCAAUGUGCACUCCUGUGGUUGAUUGAUGGUAAUGAAGACGGCGAUUUCGGCGCCUGCCACACAUUUGCAUCUAAAGCAUCGCCCGGGUGAAGACCCUCAUGGGACGUGGGCGAAGGGGAUGUGAGAUUCGCGUUUCUAUGUCUGGUUCGGAACAAAGGUGUGGUCUUUACACGAACAUAUUCGUGGCGAGUCACCCGUGGCUAUUGCAGUCCAGGUGAAGUUGGUAGCUGUCAUAAACAGGCUCGGACAUUGUCGUCUAUGUUCCUCUUCAGGCCUCGUGGAACGGUGCGUUUACGACAGACCCCGGAAGAUAACGACAGACGUGAUACAUCUGCAGUCCUUCAAGGCAAGGCAGGUCUUUAAGUAUUGUGAUACCGCUC